GUGUGUGUCACUCAUGCACUUGCAGCAGCGGGCGGUGACGGAUGGGGAGGAUCCGAGGCGGCGCCUGCUCGCCCGGCCACAAGAGUCACUCUCUCAGCCCGCCUCCGCUUCACUGGCUCCGCGGUUCUCCUGCUCCACCUCCUCCUCCGGGCCGGGAAAGUCGGGCGAACACUUCGGUUUCAUGCCCGGCAGGCUCGGCCAGCAGCAGAGCGACGUUACACCGGUUGUAAGAAGUCUUUAACUUUGUUGUCCUCGUUGGCAUCGGGAGCAAGCCAACGCGCCCGCCUGCCCGCCCGCCCACCUCGUCUCUCAUCUCCGCCGCUUCGUCUCGCCGCCGUCUCUCGGCCGAGCUCUGGCAACAUGUCCGCCCCCGCCAGCGCCGAGGUGAAGGAACUCAACCCGGUGGACUUCAUCCAGCUCCAGCAGUACAUUGAAUAUUGCAGCCUGAAGGUGAAAGACGUGCUGCGGGAGUUUGAUGCAGAUGGCCGCCUGGCCCGCCACAGACACGGAGAGUGCAUCAACGAGGAGGGCUUUCGUCUCUUCCUCAAGACUUACUUGGAAGUCGACGACUUCCCGGCAGAUCUGUGCCAGCGGCUCUUUCGCUCUUUCCAGAACUCGGAACCCGCCCAGCUCGACUGCGCCAAGGAGGUGUUUCUAAAGGAUGUUUCCUGUUACUUCUCCCUACUGGAGGACGGUCAGCCACGGGACAAGCUGGAGUUCGCGUUCAAACUCUACGACAGAGACGGCAACGGCGUCCUGGACAGCUCGGAAGUGGAUAGAAUCAUCGCUCAGAUGAUGCACGCUGCCGAGUACUUGGGAUGGGACGUGUCUGAGCUCAGGCCGGUUCUGAAGGACAUGAUGAAGGCGAUCGAUGCUGACAGCAGCGAUACGGUGUCUCUGGAGGAGUGGGUGGAGGGGGGCAUGAACAACGUCCCCCUGCUGGUCCUACUGGGCUUAAAGAUGACCCAGACGGACGGUCAGCACUUGUGGAGGAUGAAGCAUUUCAACAAGCCGGCCUACUGCAACGUGUGCCACAGCAUGCUGCUGGGACUCCGGAAGCAAGGCCUCUGCUGCACCUGCUGCAAGUACACGGUCCACGGCCGCUGCGCCAACAGGAACCCGGCCCCUUGCGCCAGAACCUACGUCAAGUCCAAGAAAGAGACAGGGGUGCCGGUGCACGACUGGGUGAGCGGCAACUGCGACUCCAGGAAGUGCGACAAGUGCCAGAAGAAGAUCAAGAGCUUCCAAGGCCUGACGGGCAAACACUGUGUGUGGUGCCACUCCAUGCGUCACGAUGCCUGCGCGGCCGAAGAGCCCAGCGAGUGCACGUGCGGCCCGCUCCGAGACCACAUCCUGCCUCCGUGGGCCGUCUAUCCCGUCAUCAAGGAGAGAAUGGCCAACAACGGCUGCUGCGCUCAGACGGACGACGCUGAGCUCAACACAACUCCUGACGGACAAAUCCUUCAGAUCAGCCCUGUGCCCAACACACACCCUCUUCUCGUGUUUGUCAACCCCAAAAGUGGGGGCAAGCAAGGGGAAAGGGUCCUGCGUAAAUUUCAGUAUUUGCUGAACCCUCGACAGGUGUACAACCUCUCCAAUGGCGGCCCAGCGGCGGGCCUGAGCUUCUUCAGGAACCUGCAGGACUACAGGAUCCUGGUGUGCGGCGGAGACGGCACAGUGGGAUGGAUUCUGGACGCCAUCGACAAAGCCAACUUGCUGGUGAGGCCGCCCGUCGCCGUACUUCCUCUGGGCACAGGAAAUGACCUGGCUCGAUGUCUGCGCUGGGGAGGAGGGUACGACGGCGAGGACCUGGGUCGCAUCCUGAAGGACAUCGAGGGCAGCUCGGAGGUUCCGAUGGACCGCUGGAGCGUGCGGGUCAUUACGGAGGAGGGCCAAGAGAAGGGCGACCCCGUGCCGUACGAAAUCAUCAACAACUACUUCUCCAUCGGCGUGGACGCGUCCAUCGCUCACCGCUUCCACACCAUGAGGGAGAAACACCCACAGAAGUUUAACAGCAGGAUGAAGAACAAGCUGUGGUAUUUUGAGUUCGCCACCUCGGAGACCAUCUCGGCCUCCUGCAAGAAGCUCAGCGAGAGUCUCACCAUGGAGUGCUGCGGGACGCCUUUGGACCUGAGCGGCUUUUCUCUGGAGGGCGUGGCCGUCCUCAACAUUCCCAGCAUGCACGGCGGCUCCAACCUGUGGGGCGACACCAAAAAGGGGGACGCCAAGGGACCGAGCGCUCAGGACGAGCCCGACGUCAUCGUGGACCCCGAAAUCCUCAAAGUGACCGGCCAAGACCUGAGCGACCGCAGGCUGGAGGUGGUGGGCCUGGAGGGCGCCAUGGAGAUGGGGCAGAUCUACACGGGCCUCAAGAGCGCCGUGAGGCUGGCCAAGACGUCACAGCUCACCAUCAGGACCAAGAAAGCCUUGCCCAUGCAGAUCGAUGGAGAGCCUUGGAUGCAGCCGCCAUGCACGAUCCACAUAACACACAAGAACCAAGCUAGCAUGUUGAUGGCUCCUCAGGCUAAGUCAUCCGGCUUCUUCAACUACAAAUAAACACAGACGUUAGCGAGAUUAGCUAAGGGCACCAUACCGUAGUCUUCGUUAGUAUUCUUCCAAAACAGAUACAUCAUAACUGAAAUCCAAGGCUCAAUGUAUGCAUUUUUGUUUGAAAUCAGAAAGAAAAAUAAGAUUCCAUAUUUCAAAACGAAUGUAUUGCCCUUUAUAGCACAAAAAAACACCCCAUAAGACAGUACCAUGUGACUUCUCCCAGCCAAUCACAGAGGGGUUAUGGUUAACUGAAUGAAAAUGGAAGAAAAUCAUACUGCUAUAAUUUUUUUUUAAUGUAACAAUAAUUGCCUAAAAAUACAAAAAAAAACGGGGGCUUAAAGAUUGGAAUUUUACCAAUUCUUACCUGAUUUUAUUAUAUGUAAAAACAUUUUAUCAGAAUACAAAUGAUGCUAUGGACUACUAACUAAGGGCACCAUAGAAUUGUUAAUAUUCUUAAAAAAAAAUAAUAAUAAUAAAUGUAUUAAAAACUAAAACCCAGGGCUCAAUUUAUGCAUUUUUGUUUGAAAUGAGAAAUGAAAAUAAGAUGCCAUAUUUAAAAAAAAAAUGAAUGUAUCGCCCUUUACAGCCAUUCUAAGACAGUACCAUGUGACUUCUCCCUGCCAAUCACAGAGGGGUAGUGUUUAUCAGAAUGAAAAUGAAAGAAAAUCAUACUGACAUUUUUUUUUUAUGUAACGAUAAUUGAUUAAAAAUAUCCCAAAAAAAUGGGAGAUUAAAGUUGGGAAUUUUACAAAAUUUUCCCAGUAAAUUUAAGCAUGUUUAUUUGAAAUCAGAAAUGAAAACAGCAAAAGUAAGUGAAUAUAUGUCCCUUUAUAGUGCAUAAAACAUGAACACCACCAUGGUACAAGACUGUACCAUGUGACCUCUCCCAGCCAGUUAGAGAGGGCUAAUGAUCACCACAAUCAUAAUGGAAGAAAAUCACAAGAAAUUUAAUUAGAAUUGCUUAGAAAUACACAAAAAUGGGAGCUUAUAGACAGGAAUUUUUCAAAGUGUUUCCUGAUUUUUAUUAUAUUUAAAAGCAUUUAAUUGAAAGACAAAUCAUAAAAUUGUUAAUUUUUAAGAUACUGAUGUUAAUAUUAUAGAUAUAAUAUUAAUAAAAAGUAAAACCCUGGGCUCAAUUUAGGCAUUUUUGUUUGAAAUCAGAAAUUAAAACAACAAGUGAAUAGUGAAAAAAAAAAAAAAAAUAUAUAUAUAUAUAUAUAUAUAUAUAUAUAUAUAAAAGGCAGUACCAUGUGACUUUCCCACCCAAUCACAGUGGGCGAAUGAUUAGCGAUUGAAAAUGUGCAAAAAUCAUACUGCUAUAACGUUUUUAUAAAUUCAAUGAUAAUUGCUUAAAAAUAGACAUAAAAUUGAGACUUUUACAAAAUUUUCCCUGAUUUUUAUUAUAUUUAAUGAAAAAAUUAAUUAGAUUUUCUAAAAACUAAAUCACAGGGCUCAAUUUAUGCAUUUUUGUUGGAAGUCAGAAAUGACAGCAAUGGAAAUAAGAUGCCAUAUUUCAAAAUGAAUGUAUCGCCCUUGAUAGCCGCUAUAAGACAGUGUCAUGUGACUUCUCCCAGCCAAUCACAGAAAGGUAAUGGUUAGCUGGAUUAAAAAUGGAAGAAAAUCAAACUGAUAGAACUUUUCUUUUUUUUAAUGUAACGAUAAUUGCUUAAAAAUACCCAAAAAUGGGGCUUAAAGUGAGGAAUUUUACAAUUUAGCCCUAUUUUUAUUAUAUUUAAAAGCAUUUUAUCUGAAUACAAAUGAUGCUAUGGUUGCCUGACCGUUCUGCCCCCCACUUACUUGAUUAUUGUACAUAGACGACGUACUUUUUUCUUUUUUUUUAAUAUACAACGUCAUGCUGUGUAGACGAAUCCAACUGCGCUGCAGAAACAUGGAAAAAUAUUUUUUAAAAAUCAACGUAAUCAACACAAUCCUCUGCCGCUGCUUAGGAUUUAAUAUGUGCUUGAGAGAAGGACGGCCGCUGCCUUUUCGAUUGCUUCUGUCUGGCUCGGGUCGACACACUGGGAGCUGUGCACAAGUGCACUUUGCACACAUGUCGUAUGUUGUCGUGUUGUUGCUGUUGUGGCGAAUAAAUAAUAACAUGAGUAAUAAUAAGAUGUUUGGAGAGGACCAGGAGCUGAGUGUUUGGUACAGUAAUUGUGUGUGUGUGUGUUGAGGAUGGAUGGAUGAAGUGUGUGUUCCAGGAGGCUGUUUGUCCUUUCUAAAGAUGUUUACGAUUCAAAGGAGAGAUCAUGUGAGAAUAUUUGAAUAGAUAAUAUCACAUUUAGACGAUAUUUAGCUCAUGUGGCUGCCCCAAGUAAGAGAAUGUGUAAUUGUACUUAAUAAAAACCACCGGUUAGCAUAAGAA